AUGUACGAGUGUAUCUAUUUCCGAGUCCCUUUUACGUUAAACACAUCUAUCUAUCUAUCUAUCUAUCUAUCUAUCUUUUUUCUCACUGAAACCAAUUUAUUCAUAUCUAUCUGUUCAAAUCUCUCUCUAUUUUUGUCUUUCAUCUCUCUCUCUCUCUCUCUCUCUCUCUCUCUCUCUCUCCAUGCGUGUGCUUAUUCAUAUCUAUCUAUCUAUCUAUCUAUCUAUCUAUCUAUCUAUCUAUCUAACGAUGCCUAUGCAAAUCUCUCUCUGUCAACAUCUAUCCAUCUAUGUGUGUCUGUUCAUAUCUAUCUAUAUAUAUGUACACACACAUACACACACAUACACAUAUAUAUGACUCAGUUUAUUCAUAUCUAUCUAUCUAUCUAUCUGUUCAAAUCUCUCUCUAUUUUUGUCUUUCAUCUCUCUCUCUCUCUCCAUGUGUGUGCCUAUUCAUAUCUAGCUGUUUCUGUAUCUAUCUAUCUAUCUAUCUAUCUAUCUAUCUAUCUAUCUAUCUAUAUAUCUAUCUAUCUAUCUAUCUAUCUAUCAGUUCAAAUAUCUAUCUAUCUAUCUAUCUAUCUAUCUAUCUAUCUAUCUAUCUAUCUAUCUGUGUCUUUUUUAACUCUUCUUUAUAUCUAUCUAUCUAUCUAUCUAUCUAUCUAUCUAUCUAUCUAUAUAAUAACAUUUAAUUUUUAUCUAUCUAUCUAUAUAUCUAUCCAUCGACCGAUCGAUCGAUCGAUCUAUCUAACUUAUUGUCUUCAUUUCCUAUCUAUCUAUCUAUCUAUCUAUCUAUCUAUCUAUCUAUCUAUCUAUCUCUUAUUAAAAACGAUAAAUGCUGAAACAGUUCUAUCUAUCUAUCUAUCUAUCUAUCUAUCUAUCUAUCUAUCUAUGUUUAUAUCUAAUCUGUUCAUAUCUAUCUAUCUAUCUAUCUAUCUAUCUAUCUUAGUCUGUUCAUAUCUAUCUAUCUCAGUCUGUUCAUAUCUAUCUAUCUAUCUAUGA